AUGUUUAUACUUACGUUUUUAUCGACGGUAUUAAUUCUGUCUCGUGGGAACGCUCGUCGGACUGUUGACGGAUUCAACAUGGAUAGUAGCAAUUGGGACCCAUUUCUAUUUAUAUCUAAAGAUUUGAAUGAAUCACCGAAUUAUGAUAUAACAUGUUGGUUGUUCGUCGAAUUACGUAGCAUACCUUCGGAAUCAAAAGUUCUGGAUAGUUCUGGGGUCGGUGAAUUUUUCCUCGGAAUUUGUCCCUGCUUAACUCUUCACACUUGGGACCUGUGUUCACUCGAACUGACACGACAGAGGAAAGCAGACUGCACUUUUAACGAAGCUACUCCAUAUUCAAACACAAGUGCAAGAGUUCAUAGACGAUUAUGCGAUAUAACUUCUCUCGCGGAAAGUACUUCAAGCUGCAACUGUUCCAUAUCAAUAGCUGGUCAGGCAUUGUAUAAGACGGAAGGAUUUCCAACGUGUUUUCUAAAUCCUCUACCUGAGAGUCUAUGUUCACCACGUGGGAUUUGCGGUAUUGCACAAUGUACUGCAACCACGAUCAAAGGAAUACACACCCCUCAAUGUGCCUCGAACUGUCAUCACAGACAACCAUUCUGCGAAGAAAUUGGACCUUCAACUUCAAUACCAGCGGAAAUUAAUUCCUUAUGGUCACGAUGGUCUUCUCCAAAAUGCAACAGCACUUGUGGUAGGGGAUUCCUGGUAGCCAUUGCAUCAUGCCAAGAUCAAAGGAAAAGCAGCCAUAGACUGUAUCGGACCAGGAUCAUUUUGGUGAGCCAACGUUCCUUUAGGGAAGUUCCCUCGAAUUCCUUGACCAUGACGAAAGGUGUGAACUUUUCUAGCUGCCCGGAUAGCUUCAGCAAAUGUUACUGCGAGGUAAACAUGGUCGAUGGAAUUAUGAGAGCGGCCAGGUUCACAGAACCUUGCAUUUCUACCGAGGGGUGUAUCUCAAGCAACGUUAGAACAUUCACUUUCGAAGGAGAACUCGAUCCUGGUAACAACAUCGAUUUCGACGAAGCUUACGAGAACGAUGAUCGUGAAAGGUUCGAAGACACGUUGUGUCCCCCGGAAUCAGCGCGAGUAGUAAAACGCAACCUCCUGCAAGCUGCGAGUGCCGACCAGGAGGAGGAGUACGUGUUACGCGAAAAUAGACUGGCAAACAAGAACUUUAAAGGCAUCCACGGAUAUCGUUCCGUUCUGAGAAGUCGAUUAGGCGAUGACGCCGACUACAGUGGCCAAAACGAAGACGACGAUGAGGACGAUGACGAAGAGGGGGACGAAAAGAGCGGCCCCGGCGAUGGGAAGGCCGACGAAGACGACGAGGAGGAGGAGGACGACGAGAACAGCGACGAGAACAGUGACGAGACGAUCGGGCACAGAGGUUCCGCAAAGGGUCGUCGGAGCCCCAGGAAACAUACUCGAGAGACGAGGUCCGAUUACGCGGCGAUUGCGUUCGAGGGUAAGCAAGAGGUCGACGAACCAGAGAGGAAGGGGCCUAUGGAGAUCAGAUCCGCUACGGAGGAGUGUGAAGAUGAUUCCACGGAACCGCUGCGAUAUUACGAUUAUGAAUCUGCCAGAGGAACAUCACUCGCUUUUCGAACUGGACUCGCCUUAGAGCUGGUAGUAUUAGGAAUUUUAUUCUGGUUCUUGGAACAUUAAUGGCCGAGAAUAAGUUACAAAUUAAUGAUCAAGAAUAGCUGUAUCCCUGGCUUGAAGUGGAAGAUUCUGA